AAACGAGUGAGGAUUCGCCAAAUCACUGCACUUAAAACUAGACCUAAUAUUGCUAGUGGAAUCAAACCUACUCCUCUGAUGACAUUCAUGCAUGUAACCUACAAAAGAAGAUUUGAUAUUCAAUCAAGCGUGUCCAUAUCUGAUGAAAAUCACUGCCGAGAGAUGUCAUAAAAGAUUAUUAAAGGAUUUUAUUAGUACUGAUGACUGGGCAAAAUCAUCCCUUAUAAAAACAACAUUUAAGCAGCCAUAAAGGACAGUCAUAAAAUGAAAUUCAUUCUUGUCACAGUUCUUUUGCUGUUCCAAAACAUCUCCUGUGAGCACGAUGAGAUUUUGGUCCAAGCUACUACUGAAAUGGCUGCACAUGUCUGUGAAUCUGCUCAACUUAAUGCUAAUUUGAUCAUAAUAAAGAGAAACAUUGAGAAAAAUCAUAUUUUUGACUUCCUUGACGACUUGUUGAAAAGAUUGCUUGAUGUCUGUGUAGUUCGAGUAAAGGAUAUCGACAGUUUCAGUCAACCAGAUCCUUUAAAACACUCAAUAUUCUUAAUACAUUCGAUGGAUAAUUUCUGGGAAUAUCGCAAGCUCUUCACAUCAAAAGUAUUUGACUUCCGAAAAUUUUUCCUCUUCGUGAUGCUGAAUGGAAAGGAAUACAAUUUCGAGAUGAUGAUGCAGAGCAUGUGGAAGAUAAAUAUUUACAAUGUAAAUAUCAUAUAUGCUGAAAAUAAAAACGAAGCUUCUGUCUUAACAUUUUUCCCAUUUCAAAGAAAUAAUUGUGCAAAUACUCAUCCCGUAAUCAUAAAUAAAUUUCAAAAUGGGAGAUUUAUAAGCAACGAGGGGAAGUUCUAUCCGGAUAAGUUUAAAAAUUUAAACAAUUGCUCGAUACGAGUUGGGACGUCACUAGAUGCGAGCCCUUGUGUAGAAGAGAAAGUUUCGGAAAAUGGUCAAAAAUAUCCAAGUGGAAGUGAUAUAAGUGUAUUAAAUGGUUUAUCGGAAGCAUUAAAUUUCCAUAUAGAUUACACGUUCACAAAAUCGCAAGGAUAUCUCGAUAAAGACGGAAAUGCUGAUGGUCCCUUUAAAUUGCUUUUAGAGAAAAAUGUUGAUUUGGGUUUUGAUUGUUAUUGGCUAACUAGAACAAGAUUGGAACAUCUAGAUAGCACUGCUGCAUACUAUAAUGACUAUGCGAUUAUUGUGGUAUCUCCAGGUAAAGAAUUUAGUGCCUUUGAGAAACUCGAAUAUCCUUUUUCAUGGACUGUUUGGAUUUUAUUACUGACAACUUCCAUUGCCGGUUUGAUUAUCAUUUGUAUUGUAAAGUUUAGUCGGUCUAAGCGACUUCAAAACUUUAUAUUUGGAUCUAAUGUUAAUGCUCCGGAUUUAAACAUGCUGGCAGCACUGUUGGGAGGCGCUCAAAGUAUUUUACCGAAAGGAAAUUUUGCUAGAUUUCUUUUAUUCAAUUAUCUAAUGUUUGCUCUUAAUAUCCGAACAUUCUAUCAAGCAUUGAUGUUUCAUCUCAUGCAAGCAGAACAUCGACAUCCAGAAUUGCAGAGUAUUGAUGAAAUUAAGGCAAAUGAUUUAAGCAUCUUUGUAUUGAAGACGUCAGCAGAACUUUUCAUGCAUAAUGAGAAUAUAAAGUCGAGAAUUGUGAACAUCACAAGUCAACAGAGGGAAGAAUAUAUGAAUCAACUUAUUGACAAUCCAUCAUUUAAAGGAACUCUCAUCUUGGGAAAAUACAAAGUUAUGCAUCGUAAUUAUCUCAAUAGAGGUAUGGAGCAAAUAACGAUUUGUAAGGAGCAUUUAAUGAGUCUUGCCGUUGUCUUCUACACGCCAAAGAAUUUUUAUUUAAAUGAAAAGUUGGACGAAAAAAUUUCAUUAUUUAUGUCCGCUGGUCUGAUAAAAUAUUGGCAUAUAUACGAAACAAAAGUGUGGAAUGAGCAAGGUGAAGCGGCAAAAGUUUUGACACUUCAUCAUUUGUUUGGUUCCUUUCAAAUAUUAAUGUUGGGAGUUGUCGUAUCGAGCAUCGUUUUCAUCAUUGAAUAUUUAUGGAAUUUUUUGAAGCGAUGAACAAAUUUA